AAACAACAACCAUAUAUAUAUACAAGCACAAAGAGAACGCUCAGUACUUCUACACUGGUGUAUCCGAGUGCACCUGUUAUUAGUUCUUCAUCUACCUCCUAAAUAUAAAUAAGCAAUGCAGCGCGGCACCGUUUCGGCCAUCCGAGCCGUAGGAGGCUUGAAACUAGUCCAGAAACGCACAGUUUUCGGACUAGCGUACAAUCUGGCUAAGAAAGUGGUGCCGAGGGUAUCCGAUACUGAGCAGGCGGCACUUGAGUGUGGUACUGUUGGCUUUGAUCGAGAGCUUUUCUCCGGAAAGACUAGUUUGUCGAGUCUUGGAAAGUACCGAGCAGUGCUUACCGCCAAAGAACAGGCCUUCCUAGGCAAUGAGGUGGAACAACUGUGCGAGAUGCUGGACGAUUACCAGAUUGGGAUAGAUCAGGACCUGCCCCCAGAGGCGUGGAAGUUCUUGAAAGAGAAAAAGUUUUUUGGUAUGAUGAUCCCUGAAGACCAAGGAGGCCUGGGCUUUAGCGCACACGCACACAGCAUGGUGGACGCCAAGGUCAACACCCGAAGUCCUGCGGCUGGCGUCUGUGUGGCGGUUCCUAACAGUUUAGGUCCAGGAGAGCUACUUAUGAGCUAUGGUACCGAAGAACAAAAGAAGUACUGGCUACCCCGGUUAGCGGAUGGUCGCGAAGUCCCCUGCUUCGGUCUCACAGGCCCUAGCUCUGGAUCGGACGCCGCUAGUAUGCCAGAUCAUGGUGAGGUUGUUAUGAGAGACGGCAAACUCGGAAUUGUCGCCUCGUUCAACAAACGCUACAUCACUCUGGCCCCCAUUGCGUCUGUGGUUGGGUUGGCGUUCAAGCUCAGCGAUCCAAAUGGCCUGCUCAAGGGCAAUGGAAAGGAAGGUAUCACCCUUGCUUUGAUCCCAAAAGGACACCCAGGAUUGGAGACUGGACCACGCCACGAUGUGCUAUCGAUUGCCUUCAUGAACGGAACUGUUAAAGGCAAGGAUGUGUUCAUCCCCAUCGACUACUUAAUUGGUGGUCAGAAACAAGCCGGGUUUGGGUGGAACAUGCUGAUGGAGUGUCUCUCUGAAGGCAGAGGCAUCUCUCUACCUGCGUCAGCCGUAUCCGCUGGUCAAAUAGCGUGUGUGGGUGUGGGUGCUUACGCACGAGUCCGCAAGCAGUUCAAGGUACCUAUUGCUGAACUAGAGGGUGUGCAGGAGAAACUGGCCGAUAUUGCGCGCGAGACUUACACCAUGACCGCCGGUCAGUAUCUGAUGAACGCUAUGCUCUUGAAUCAUGAGAAGCCCAGUGUAUUAAGUGCGGUUAUGAAGCAGCUGUGCAUCUUGACAGUCGCAUAG